ACUUUGCUUCAAAACAGCACUGAAGAGUAUUAUAAGGAAUUUAUCUUCCUUCAGCUCAAGGCAAACGCAGCUAAAGUUAGCGACAUAUCUUUGCACGCUCAGGUGCUUGAAUGCGUCUGAACCUGCUGCUGAUUUUCAACUUGUUCCCACUUCUGAUAAUAACCUACCAGUGCAUCAUUACCAGGACAUUGCAGACGAGCGACAAUGUGUUCAGUAAUGAGCAGUGUGAAGCCAGUUCAGCGGGCUCUGGCUCUCACGCUUCGCCUCCGAACGAACACCGAGGCCUCGAGUUACUCUGCAGCCCAGAACAGGCGCGUCUGUCCCGGCGUGAGUGCUGGCGAAGCCCCGCUAAUACCUUUCAGCAGGUCGUACUGCUCCAGGAUGGCGCUGCACAAAGGACUGCUCUUCAGACAGCUGUUUGAGACGGAGAGCAGCACCUACACCUACCUGCUGGCUGACACAGAGACCAAAGAUGCGAUCAUCAUUGAUCCUGUGCUGGAGACCAUUGACAGGGACCUGAAGCUCAUACAUCAACUGGGUCUUAAUCUAAAAGUAGCAGUAAACACCCACUGUCACGCGGACCACAUCACAAGCACUGGGUUGAUGAAGAAAAGAUUGGUUGGGCUGAAAAGUGCCAUCUCCAAAUUCAGUGGUGCCUCUGCAGAUAUCCACCUGGCUGAAGGAGAUAAGAUCACAUUUGGAAAACAUUAUCUGACAGCGAUUGAGACACCGGGACACACUGACGGUUGUAUGACGCUGGUGUCAGGGGAUCAAAGCAUGGCUUUCACUGGGGAUACUCUGCUCAUCAGAGGCUGUGGCAGGACAGACUUCCAGCAGGGCUGCCCUAAAAAGCUCUACAAUUCAGUCCAUCAGAAGAUUUUUACCCUGCCUGACCAGUGCCUCGUCUACCCAGCACAUGACUACUUAGGUCAGACGGCGUCUACGGUCGGUGAGGAGCGCAAGUUUAACCCGCGCUUGACCAAGAGCCUGGAGGAGUUUGUGAACAUCAUGAACAAUCUUAAUCUCAAAAAGCCUGCUAAAAUAGAUAUUUCAGUGCCUGCUAAUCUGGUUUGUGGAAUACAUGAAGUGUGAAUGUUCUACAAAAGGGAGGCUGUUAAUCAAAUCAACUAAGUCAUCACAAAAUGAUAAAACUUUACACAUUUAUGUACGCACAGGAUUAACCAAAUCUGCCAACCAUUAAGUGCUUUAUUGUAUUGUAUAUUACAUGUAAAUUUAAAGAUGUAUAUUUGAAAAGCUGUCAUCAUUUGGAGUGCAACCUCUGACAUCAUUGAGAUCAUGCUUAAAAUAAAGAUGCAAUCUAUUUUUAAAAUGUGCGUGAGGUACAUGCAUUUCAAUUUGGAUUAAAUUUAAUUCUGAGCAAUUUAA